CUGUAUUUCCUGCUGCCGAUCGGUGACUCUCUGUUGAUUAGCAGCGUCUGAACCGGUGUGAAGGCCUUCCCCGUGUGAUUUCAGCGAUUCCAGCGGCCCGCGGCUCCUCAUUCCUCCGGUAACAAUGGCCGUCGAGGUCGGGAAGCUGUCCAAGAACCUGUUGCGUAUGAAGUUUAUGCAGCGGAGCAUUGAUGCAGAGACUAGAAAACAACUGGAAGAAGAUGAGAAGAAAAUAAUCAGCGAUGAGCACUGGUACCUGGAUUUACCCGAACUCAAAGAGAAAGAGAGUUUCAUCAUUGAAGAGAGAAGUUUCCUUCCAUGUGAAGAAUUCCUGUUUGGCAGAAUGUCCUUUAAAGGGUUUAACCCGGAAGUCGAGAAGCUGAUGAUCCAGAUGAACGCCAAGGAAAAGACCGAGGAGGUUAUAGACGAUGGAAAAAUGGAGGUUGAUGUUACAGAUGAAGAAAUGGCCCGAAGAUAUGAGUCGUUAGUUGGCACCAUCCAGAAAAAAUUUGCAAAAAAGCGAGACCAGAAAGUACUAAGGGAAGAAGAUGAGAACUGUAAUGUCCCGAGCAAUAAAAUAAAGAAGACCUUCAUAAAGCCGCAGGAUUAAAAGCUUACACGUCAAAUAAGUGAGAACUGUCCAGUUUUUAUUUUUUUCAUUUUUAAAAGUGUUUCAGAAGCUUUUUUUUUUUUUAAUUUUUACUGAAAUGGGUAUUUUAAAAGACUGGCUUAAGCUACUUUUUACAGAAAUACAUGUAAAUUUGUAUUUAUUUUAUACUGAUGUUUAUUGAACCGCUGUGUCGACGAGAGAGGAAAAAAAAAAUCUUCGUGGAAACGUUUAGAUCUAAAGUAGGGGCAGGUUUUUGUUAAAUGUAAUUUUCUAAAAAAAAAAAAAAAAAGAGUUGUUUUAAAUGUAAUUUCUGUAUGGUAAUAGACAUCAAUGUACAUCUAAUGUUUGCCACAGAAACUUAAGAACUGAGGAAAAGGAAAAUAAAACCCUGCUUACAACA